CUCCAGCCGUUUUUAAACCUCGCCCAUCCACCCACCCACACACCUAUCCGUCAGUCAGUCAAUCAGUCCAUCAAUCAAUCAGGCCGCCACCCGUCUGUCCUCACGCAGUCACCCAUCCGCCCUCUGAACGAGGAGCCGGGCGUCGGCGCCGGGCGGCGCUCACUCAGCUCCAUCGGUCAGUUCAGGGCAGCAGCGCCUUCCCGCGCCCAUCGGCGGCACACAACCACAGACGCAACGCGCCGCCGGGCUGGACGCGUCUCCGCCCGGGCGCACAGCAAGGAUGUACGUAGCAGGCAGGCAGGCGUGUCCUUGCGCUUCCCCGCCUCCCCUCCCCCCUUCGCAUCUAUGUAUGUACGUGCUUCUAGAUCCGAACAUAGGUGGACACACACGUGCGUGGCCGCGGACACGGUCGCCGCUCCGCGAUGCAGGCGCCUCGGUGGCGGGGUGUGUGAACGAAGAUGCACGCACGCGCGGUACGGCAUGGUACCUCGAUCGGGUGAGUGGCACGGCACGCAUGCAACGCACGCACGCACGCAAACAAGAAAUUCGAUCUGCGCGGUGCUGGUUACACAGCCCGGUGCGGUACGGUACGGAGCGCUGCGGCUGGCCGCGCAUUCAUGUGGGCGGGAAUGCAUGCAUGCAUGCAUGCUAUCUGUCCGCUGUAAUCCGUAAUGAGCUGCCCGCUGUCCGCUGUCCGCUGAAAGGUUUUGGCGCAAGAAUUUGUUUGGGUGGGCUCAUGCAAGAGCGCGUGUGGUUGUUUGUUUGCUUACUUCCUUUCCUGCUUUCUUGCCUUGCGCCGUGCAUGCCGAGCAGUCGUGCACUCGGUCAAUCGCUCAGUCAGAUGUCCCCAAGUACCCUACCUUACCUACCUUACCUACUGCCUGGCCGUUUGCCUCCAUUGCCUGAUUGAUACUUUGACUAAAAAGAAAACGACCACUCAGCUGCUCGGCCGGCCUGCCGAGUAAGCCGGAGACAACUCCGCUCCAUCAUCACACCACCGCACCGCCAUCGCUGCUAUCGUGUCUGCCAGACUACCUAACACACAACACCAAACUC